AUGUUAAGCAUUCGUGUUACAUUAAUAACACCAACAAUUACUUCUGAGAAUAGAGAGACUAUAGCAAAGGUCAGUGUUGUAAAUAAUUUACUAUACUCAGUUUUCAAUCAAAUAGAUGUGUAUUUCAACCAAAAACUUGUUUCCCCGCCAAAUAAUGUCUAUGCAUAUAGAGCUUAUCUUGAAACUCUACUUAAUUACGGUCCUGCUGCAAAAAGAAGUCAUUUAAGUACAGCACUAUGGUACACAGAUGACCAUAAAAAUAUGGAAGAUGUAAAUCGAGAUUCAACAGGAUUUGGAUCACGACGAGCUCUUUUACAACCAGAUGGGGUUGUAGAUUUGAUUGGUCAUUUACAUUGUGAUGUGUUUAAUCAAAACAAAUUUCUUUUGAAUGGUGUUGAAAUGCGACUCCGACUUGUACGUUCAAAAAAUACUUUUACACUUUUAGACCCUACAAACCAGUGUUCCUUACAUAUUUCAGAAGCGACACUUCUUGUACGACGAUUAAAAAUUAGUCCUGCCGUUCUUCUUGCUCAUACAAAAGCUCUUUCGCAUGGUACAGCCAAAUAUCCCAUUACAAGAGUUGAGGUUAAAACAUUAACUUUACAUAGGGGUGUUCACGCUGAAACUUUAGAUAAUAUCAUUUUAGGACAACUACCGAAAAAAGUAAUAAUUGGUUUUGUUGAUAAUAAAGCAUACAAUGGAAAUGCAGGUUUAAACCCGUUUAAUUUCAAAAAUUAUGACAUUAAUUUCUUAUCCCUUUAUAUUGAUGGUAUGCAGAUUCCUUCUAAACCUUUACAACCUGAUUUUAAUACAGAAGGUCUUUAUAUUAAUUGUUAUCAAACUUUAUUUUCUGGAACCGGUAUACAUUUUCUCAACGAUGGAAAUGAUAUAGACAGAGCUAGCUAUCCUAAUGGAUUUUGUCUGUUUGCUUUUGACGUAACACCAAAUCUGUCGGCAAACUGUUAUUCUCACUGGAAUUUGAUAAGAAGCGGCAGCCUUAGAAUUAAAGUGCGCUUUAAUAAUGCUUUAACAGAGACUGUAAACCGUAUUGUUUACGGAGAAUACGAUAAUGUUCUUGAAAUAGACUCGACAAGGCAGGUCAUUGUUGAUUUUGGAGGUUAG